AUGGCCUUCGCCGAACAGCAGCACUGGGUUAAGGUCCAGCAAAAAACAUUUACAAAAUGGCUGAAUACGAAGAUAGAGGCGAGGGGUCUCGAGGUCCAGGACCUAGUGAAGGACCUAUCUGAUGGUGUUAUGCUGAUCCACCUCCUCGAAUGCCUCUCGAACGAGUCCCUCGGCCGCUAUGCCGCGAAACCCAGGUUGCGCGUGCAGUGCUUCGAAAAUGCCAAUACCGCCCUCGACUUCAUCCGAUCGCGGGGCAUACAAAUGACCAACAUUGGCGCCGAAGACGUGGUAGACGGGAACCGCAAGAUUAUCCUCGGUUUAAUAUGGACGCUCAUUCUGCGCUUCACCAUCAAUGACAUCAACGAGGAGGGUAUGACGGCCAAGGAGGGCCUGUUGCUGUGGUGUCAACGCAAGACCGCCUGCUAUGACGAGGUGGACGUGCGGGACUUCAGCGCGAGUUGGAACGACGGGCUCGCCUUCUGCGCUCUGCUCGACAUUCACCGGCCCGAUCUGAUCGACUACGACGCGCUCGACAAGUCUGAUCACCGCGGCAACAUGCAGAUGGCGUUCGAUAUCGCUCAUAAGGAGAUUGGUAUCCCGAAGCUGCUGGAUGUGGAGGACGUGUGCGACGUGGCGAAGCCCGAUGAGCGUAGUUUGAUGACCUACAUUGCCUACUGGUUCCACGCCUUUUCUCAGAUGGAAAAGGUUGAGAACGCGGGCCGCCGCGUGGAGAAAUUCGUGAACAACAUGCGGGGUGCCUGGGACAUGCAAAGUGCCUAUGAAAGGAGAAUGGCAGCACUGCUCAAGGUGAUCCGCGAGCAAGUUGGGGGCUGGAAGGAGGCCAAGUUCGAGGGCACAUAUGCGGAUGCCAAAGCACAAGCCGCAGACUUUGCGGCAUACAAAAGGGGGUUAAAGAGGGAGUGGGUUGCGGAGAAAAGCGAGCUUGCGACCUUGUUGGGGAAUAUCAAGACCAAACUAGGCACAUACCGCUUGGCGCCGUACGAGCCACCGGCCGAGCUGAGGUUGGAGGCGCUGGACCAAGAAUGGAAUAACCUGACGAAAAUGGAGAUGACGCGGGGACAGCAGAUCAACGAGAACAUCAGGGAUAUCAAAAACGCACUCCGCAAAUCCUUUGCCGACAAGGCUAACGACUUUGCCCUUGCUCUCAAUACUAUCCAACUCGCCAUCUCAGGCCUGGAAGGCGAUGUAGAAGACCAACUCCACCACGUCCGCAAGCUCUCCGAUAACCUCCCACCCCUUGACGCCUUCCUCAAGACGAUCGCGGCCGUCGACGAAAAGUGUCAAGAAGCCAACAUCGAAGAAAACGACUUCACCACCUACACCUACGACGAGCUCUGCUACGAGCUUUCCCUAGUGAAAUCCUCCGUGUCCAAAAAGCUCUCCUUCCUCGAAAACCAAAUGGUCGCGCGCAACAUGACCAACCUCACCCCCAUCCAACUCGAAGAAUUCGAGUCCGUCUUCCGCCACUUCGACCGCGACGACACCAACUGCCUCUCCGAGCUCGAGUUCAGCGCCGCUCUCGCCUCGCUCGGCCUCACCUUCUCCGAGGACGAGAUGCGCGACUCCUUCCUCGACACCUCCGGCGGGCGCGACCACGUCACCUUCGAGCAGUUCAUCGGCUUCAUGGUCGACAUGACGGAGGACCAGAACACGGCCGAGCAGGUGUUCCAGAGCUUCCGCGAAGUCGCCGAUGGGAAGCCGUACGUGACCGAGAUGGACUUGCGACACUCGCUCGUGCCGGACGACGUCAUUGAGAAGCUGGUCGAGAUCAUGCCGCCGCAUACCGGGCCGGAUAUGCAGACGGACCGCGGCCAGCCGCAGUUUGAUUAUGUCUCGUUUAUGGACAAGAUGAUUGCGGACGGGGCCGCGAACGGGAGUGGGAGUAGAAAUGGACUAAUGGGGCUGGCCGGCUGGCGACGCUUGGUUGGGUCGAUUGGUGGUGGUUGUUGGCUUGGUAGCGUCAAUGGGGGUGGUACCGCUCUGUGA